GGAUUUCGCAAAACGGUUACCUCUCACAAUCCAUCAAUAUAUACGAAUAUAGCUUGCUUGAUACUCUGUUUCUUGUUUUGGAUCUUCAUUUUUGAGCUAGAAAUCAUGAUUAAAGGUCCAGGACUUUACUCCGAUAUCGGCAAAAAAGCUAGAGAUCUUCUAUACAAGGAUUACCAGGGGGAUCAGAAGUUCACCGUCACGACCUAUUCACCUACUGGAGUUGCGAUCACAUCAUCUGGAACAAAGAAAGGUGAAUUAUUUCUUGGUGAUGUCAAUACACAAUUGAAGAGGAACAACAUUACUACUGAUAUCAACGUGGACACCAACUCCAAUCUCUUCACAGCUAUCACAAUUGAUGAACCUGUACCUGGGCUGAAAACAAUAAUUAGCUUUAAAGUCCCUGAUCAAAGCUCUGGCAAGGUUGAACUUCAAUACUUGCAUGACUAUGCUGGAAUCUGUGCAAGUGUUGGGGGGUGUGCGAAUCCCAUCGUGAGCUUUUCCGGUGUGGUGGGAACAAACAGUGGCUCCAUUGGAGCCGAUGUUUCUUUCGACACUAAAACUGGGAACUUUAUCAAAUACAAUGCUGGCCUUAGCUUAUCGAAUGCUGAUCUUAUAGCUUCUUUGACCAUGAACGACAAGGGUGACACACUCAACGCCUCCUACUACCAUGUGGUUAAGCCCCUGACCAACACAUUAGUAGGUGCAGAGGUGAACCGCAUCUUCUCAACCAAUGAAAACACAAUUUUGGUUGGCACCCAGCAUUCAUUGGACCCAUUGACCACAGUCAAAGCCCGGGUCAACAACUUUGGAAAGGCGAGUGCAGUGAUCCAGCACGAGUGGCGUCCAAAGUCCUUUUUCACCCUUUCAGGAGAAGUGGACACUAGAGCUGUUGACAAGAGUGCAAAGUUUGGUCUUGCCUUGGCUCUAAACCCCUGAAAUGUACACGUGGCAGGCAACAGUGGAUGCAGGUUUUCUGUUACGUAUUAUAGAGGUUUGGUAGAAAUAAUUCCCAAACGUUGUUAUAAGGACCAAUACUUUCUUCUACUUGAUCCAUUCAUUGUUAAAGGCAGCAUGAUGGAUGGAUGGUAGAUACAUUUGCAGAGGUUCAUCUUCCUUUUAAUCAACUGUUGAUUGUUGAAAUGGAGGUUUUAAUAUGCAAAGCUAUAUGAUAAUUUGUUAAA